AUGGCUCCCGCGCGGCAGCAGCCCUCGCCUCAGUUCAGCAAGGACGAAAAGGUCCUCUGCUUCCACAUGGACAUGCUCUACGAGGCCAAGAUCAUGGACGUGCAGCCCGGAGACAAGCCCGGCGACGGCUUCCGCUACAAGGUCCAUUACAAGGGCUGGAAGAACACGUGGGACGACUGGGUGCUCGCCGAUCGCAUCCGGCCCUUUGACGACGAGCACAAGGAGCUGGCCGCCCAGCUGCACGCCCAGCUCAAGCACAGCCUGCAGAAGAACGCCAAGCAGCCCAAGAAGAACCUCAGGAACGGCGGCGACUCGGCCCGCGGUAGUGAAGAGCGAGGCUCCGCCGCCGCUCAGGGGGGGCGCGGAGGCCGACGCGGCAAGGACUGGGAACUCGAGCAGGAGGACGCCUUUCACAGCAAGCCAAUGAUCAACAUUCCGGUACCCGAUCACGUUCAAGCUAUGCUGGUGGACGACUGGGAGAACAUUACGAAGAACAACCAGCUGGUUCCGCUGCCGCACCCGAAACCUGUCAACGUUAUUCUUGAGGAUUACUUGGCCUUCGAGCGUCCACAUCGCGAGGAGGGCUCUGCCAGCAUGGACAUUUUGGAGGAAGUUGUCGCUGGCCUUCGCGAGUAUUUUGAGAAGGCGCUUAGCAGGAUACUGCUCUAUCGCUUCGAGCGCCACCAGUACAUGGAAAUUCGCAAGUUGUGGGACACCAACACGGAGGAAAAUGCCCAGUACAAGAACGUUUGCGACGUCUAUGGUGCCGAGCAUUUGGCUCGCCUCAUCGUAUCUCUGCCAGACCUCUUGGCACAGACCAACAUGGACCAGCAGUCUGUCUCUCGUUUGAGAGAGGAGAUUGGCAAGUUCACCGUCUGGCUGGCUCGGAAUUGCGAGACUUAUUUCGUAAAGGAGUACGAGACGCCCUCGCAAGAGUACAUCGACAAGGCUCGAAGCUUUUGA